GGCUGGGCCCGGUCCCCACAGCGGAGCAGCCCGCCGUAGCGCUACGAGGUUCUUUGAAGACGUGUGGGUCUUUACUGGUCUUGAGAUGGCUGCAGAUGAGUAUGGGGAAAUUCUCCAGUAUUACAAGCUAUAUGAAACGAUUGGAACAGGUGGAUUUGCCAAGGUUAAACUUGGAAAGCAUCGUCUCACUGGUGAAAAGGUUGCAGUAAAAAUCAUGGACAAGCUAUCUCUAGGGGAUGACUUGCCUCGUAUUCAAAUAGAAAUUGAUGCCAUGAAGAGUUUAAGUCACCAACAUGUUUGCCAGCUGUAUCAUGUGAUAGAAACAUCCAAGAAAAUAUUCAUGGUCUUAGAAUAUUGUCCUGGAGGAGAGCUGUUUGAUUACAUCAUUUCUAAGGACCGCCUUUCAGAAGAGGAAGCUCGUGUAUUUUUUCGACAGAUUGUUGCAGCGAUUGCUUAUGUUCACAGUCAGGGAUAUGCUCACAGGGAUCUCAAACCAGAAAAUUUGCUCAUUGACGAUGAACAGAAUUUGAAGCUAACAGACUUCGGGCUUUGUGCAAAGCCAAAGGGUGGCCUUGAUUAUCAUCUUAACACAUGCUGUGGAAGCCCAGCUUAUGCAGCACCAGAGUUAAUUCAAGGCAAAGCGUAUAUUGGCUCAGAGGCAGAUAUUUGGAGCAUGGGAGUACUGCUGUAUGCUCUACUGUGUGGUUUUCUUCCUUUUGAUGAUGAAAAUGUCAUGGCAGUCUAUAGGAAGAUAAUGAGAGGAAAAUACCAUGUUCCAAAGUGGCUAUCUCCUAGCAGUACACUACUACUUCACCAAAUGUUGCAGGUCGACCCAAAGAAGCGGAUUACAGUUAAGCAUUUGUUAAGUCAUCCUUGGCUUAUGCAGGGUUACUCUGAUCCUGUUCAGUGGCAAAGCAAAUACCCACUGGGACACAUUGAUCAAGAUUGCAUAACAGAGCUAUCUGUGUUUCAUAAACGGAGCAGAGAAAGUAUAUCAGAGUUGAUAGCACAGUGGAAAUAUGACCAAUUAUCAGCAACAUAUCUCUUGCUUCAAUCCAAGAAGUCUCGUGGCAAGUGCAUUCACCUACGGUUACCAUCUCCGAUAGACGAUGCCAGUGCAACACAGUUGGCAGGCCUAGAGCAUUCAGAACAUGAUGCUGAACUGGAUGAUAUAGAAUUCACACUGUCAACUCCAGUGACAAGAAAAGUGGCAUCGGAGAAGCAUGGAAACAAAGAGAAUAUUGAUACAGAAUCUGCUGUAAGAAAUGAAAUAUCCUUUGCACUUCCUGCUCCAAAGACUCCUUUUGUAAGGAGUGUGAAUGAGAAGAAAACACAGCCAAUACCCAGUGAGAGUCAGUGCCUGAAAGAGACGCAGUUGGCUACAGUCACUCCAAUUAAAAAAAACACAAACACAGCAAAUAGAGCGGAGAUUCUUCCUGAAAAAAGGUGCCAUUCAGUUGAAUUAGACCUCAAUCUAGUUGAUGUGGAUAGCAGCCAAAAGAAGAAAAGAGCCAAAAUGUUUGACAGCCUUGAAAAAGGUCUAGAUAAAGUGAUCACAAUGCUCACGCCAAGCAAAAAGAAAAAAUCCAGUACAGAUGGUCCAAGGAAACUGAAGGUACGCUGCAAUGUUACCACAACUCAGCUACUGAAUCCUGAUCAGGUGUUGAAUGAAAUAAUUGCUGUUCUUCCAAUGAAAAAUGUAGAUUAUAUUCAGAAAGGGUAUACCCUGAAAUGCCAGACACGGUCAGAUUUUGGCAAAGUCACUAUGGAAUUUGACUUAGAAGUGUGCCAACUCAGUAAAACUGAAGCAGUGGGUAUCAGGAGACAACGGCUUAAAGGUGAUGCUUGGGUCUACAAGAGACUAGUGGAAGACAUCUUAUCUACCUGCAAAGUGUGACUUGCUGAUGCAUGUGCUGGAAAAGCAGAAAUUUUGUACUACCUA